AUGGACCAUCGUUGGCAAAACAUGAUGAACAAUUUCAAUAAUGAAGGAAGAAGUGAACAACAUGCAGGAAGUGGAAUAAAUAAAAAUGUUGGUGGUGGCGGAUUAAUUGCCGAUCAGCCUGCUCGGAAAAGAUCGGCAGAUGAAAGAGAAAAGUCACCGGAGAAAACGGGUGAUUCUUAUUGGAGGUCUCUAAUGGGAAAAAAUCAUCAAACGGCAAAUAUAAUAAAAAACGCUACAAACGAUCACGAUUUUGCAGUUUCUUGCAUAGCGGAAAAGUCUAAAGAAGUAUUAUUACGACCAAGACCACUAGACCGCGGACAAAGUUCUUCGGUCGGUGGACUUACGAAUAAUCGGGCACCGAUUGUGCACUGUCAUGACAAAAACAACGUUAAACGCAUCGAACAAAAUCUCAAAACUUAUUGGUUUUGUUUAGUUGCUUCUGAUAAUCAGAGAAGCAGUGCACCCUUGGAGCAAAUACCUUCCAGAUACUUGAGGCUGCAGGAUGGAAGCACUACAGUUUCAUCUAUCAAGAAGUACAUCGUACAAAAGCUCAAUUUACGAAGCGAAAACGAGGUGGAGAUUACUCUGCAAGGACGGAGAUUACUACCUAGUUUGCAAAUAAGCCGAUUGAUGGAACUGUGGCUGCAAACGUAUUCUACCUCAGAAAGGACAACGGCAAUCGUCGGUUCCUCCGCGCAGGAGUUUGUCCUACCGCUUACAUAUGCUCGUAAACCUGCUUUCUAA